CGUGGUGAAAGCUCCCAAGGUUCUGUCUGAGCUUGUGUGGGGCGGCCUCAGUGUUACAUCGAUGGUAGGUACCUCUCCGCGUAUCUCGCACUGACCCUAACCCAGAGAAGGUCUGGCAGUCUAUGAUGUACCUUAAUAAACAAUGUAGGUAGUGGAUAAAUAAAUGGAUUAGCUAAGUUCUUACACAGGUAUAAGGUGAGUAGGUAUCUAUCUACUGAUGCUGUUCAUCAUAUAUCAAUUACAUGAGUAGUAGGAUCCAGCUUCUCUGUUUAUCAACUGAUUUCAACAUACCGAGUUCACACUAAUCUUCAUCUCGGGAAUUCACAAUGGCACGUAUAUUCAUAACUGGCUCUUCAGACGGGCUCGGCCUUCGUGCAGCGAAACAGCUCGUCUCCAGAGGCCACACAGUCUAUCUCCACGCCCGGAACGCCCAAAGAGCAAGCGAUGCGCGGAAUGCCUGCCCCGGCGCCGCGGACGUCCUCCUCGGCGAUCUAACGUCCAUAGAGGAAACCAAGGCGCUAGGGGCAUCGCUCUCGAAGCUCGAGCCCAUGGACUGCAUCUUCCACAACGCAGGGCUGUAUCUCGGUCCCUACCGCGCGCAGGCCGAGGGCUACCCGGCUGUCUUCGCCGUCAAUGUCAUAGCCCCUUAUCUCCUGACGUGUCUCGCACCGCUCCCUAGACGUCUCGUAUACGCGAGCUCUGACAGCCAUUGGGGCGGAUCGACGAGUCUAGAGGACUUUGGAUGGAGAGAGCGCCACAAAGCCGGCCACUUCCGAGAAAGCAGUGCAUAUGCUGACACGAAGCUGUACAAUACCAUGUUCGGCUUCGCAUUCGCGCGCCGGUUCGCCUCGAAGGGUGUCGUCGCGCACUCGGUUGAUCCUGGAUGGGUGCCUACCAAGAUGGGCGGUGCCGGGGCCCCGGGCGAUAUCAACGAGAGCGAGAGGCUGUAUGUCAUGCUUGCGGAGGGGACUGGUGAGGCCGAGGGCAAGAAUGCUUGUUUUUGGGAAAAUGGGAAGAAGGCCCCGGCUCAGGCGAAGAAGGAUGCGUACGAUGAAAAGGCUCAAGAUGCCUUGCUGAAGAAGCUGGAGGAUAUCACUGGAGUUAGGGUUCCCCAGUAAGAGAUUAGUGCCUAUGAAUCCAUUUCAAACUUGGUGUGUGAGGACGUGGCUUGUUAGUUACUUUCUCUAGUACAUAGUGGUUUGGCGUUCACCAAGUGGCUAGUUCCAUUUGAAUUGUCUCAAUAAACCUCUGACUGAAGACUGAUCUUGAUAUGAUCUGAAUUUCAGUGAGAUAUGAGGGUAAGGGAAUGAAACCU